AUGGACUCCAAGGUGCAGGAUGGCAUUGAGCCAACCAAGGGCGACGAUGAGCGCCGGGCUUCAACGGCAUCGGUGGCCAAGAUCAUUCAGAAUGCCAAAGCAGCAACAGACAAGGAGCAGCGCAUGUCGCUCUGGGAGGGUAUCAAGACCUAUCCCAAAGCGGUCGGAUGGAGUCUGCUGAUCUCCACCUGUAUUGCCAUGGAGGGUUAUGACAUCUCCCUCGUCAACAACUUCUACGCUUUCUCGCAGUUCAAUCGCAAAUAUGGCGAACUGACGGCCGAUGGUACCUAUCAGGUUCCUGCUCGGUGGCAAGCAGGCCUGAGCAACGGCGCCGCAGUGGGAGAAAUCAUCGGUCUCUUCCUCAACGGCUGGGCUUCGGAACGGUUUGGAUACCGCUAUACCCUGAUCACCUGUCUUAUCCUGAUCACCGCAUUCACCGCCAUCUUCUUCACGGCUCCCAACGUACAAGCGCUCCUCGCGGCGGAAAUCCUGGCCGGUGUUCCCUGGGGAGUGUUCCAAACGCUGACCAUCACCUAUGCCUCCGAGGUCUGCCCCGUGGCUCUGCGCGGAUAUCUCACCACCUAUGUCAACUUCUGCUGGGGUCUCGGGCAGUUGAUCGGUAUCGGGGUGAUCAGGUCGAUGAUCAACCGUGACGACGAAUGGGCCUACCGCAUUCCCUACUCCCUGCAGUGGAUGUGGCCGGCGCCGCUGCUUCUGGGGAUCGCCCUCGCGCCUGAAUCGCCCUGGUGGCUAGUGCGCAAGGGCAAGAUCCAACAAGCCAAGAAAGCCCUGCUGCGCUUGACCAGUGUCCGGGAGGAAUCCGACUUCAACGCCGACGAAACGAUUGCCAUGAUGGUUCACACGACCGCUCUGGAGGAGAAGAUCACCAAGGGCGCCAGCUACUUCGACUGUUUCAAGGGGGUGGACCUGCGCCGCACCGAGAUCGUCUGCAUGGUCUGGGCCAUGCAGAACCUGAGUGGCAACUCCUUCUCCAACUACUCGACCUACUUCCUCGAACAGGCCGGCCUGGACGCAUCCAAGGCCUACUCGUUCGCCAUGGGCCAGUACGGCAUCAACAUGGCGGGUGUCUUCGGCGCCUGGUUCCUCAUGUCCAUGGGCUUCGGGCGUCGGACCCUGUACCUGGCCGGCCUCUGCGGGCUCUGCGUCAUGCUCCUCGUCAUGGGCUUCCUCGGGCUCGUCCCCGAGGCGCACCGCGACCAGGCCUCGCUCGCCACGGGCUCGAUGAUGAUCAUCUGGGCGCUGGUCUACCAGCUCAGCGUGGGCACCGUCGCCUACUCGCUCGUGGCGGAGAUCUCCACGCGCCGCCUGCAGAUCAAGACCGUCGUCCUGGGCCGCAACCUGUACAACGUCGUCGGCAUCAUCUGCGGCGUCUUCACCCCCUACAUGCUCAACCCCACCGCCUGGGACUGGGGCAACUACACCGGCUUCUUCUGGGGCGGCAUCUGCUUCCUCUGCAUCAUCUACACCUACUUCCGCGUCCCCGAGCCCCGGGGCCGCACCUUCGCCGAGCUGGACCUCCUCUUCGAGCGCAAAGUCAGCGCCCGGAAGUUCGCCACCACCCACGUCGACGUCUUCGACGAGACCCUCGAGAGCCAGGUCGUCGACAACUAUAACGCGCAGCGCGUGAUGGCGGUCAACGAGACUCCGCACGCCGAUGAGAAGCAGGCAACCCACUCGACGCAACCGGCUUGA